AUGGGAAGAGAAUGGUACAACGGAGGCAAGUCCAUUUGUUACUCUAAAAGCAAGAACAAAUCCAAUGAAGCUAACGGCUACAUCACUGCUCUUUACCAACAUUUCCAUCAUCACUACCAACCAACGUUUGAUUCUCCCUCAAGAUAUCCAAAAGGCUUGGUUGCACCAAGAAACAGCUCGGAGUUAACAGAGUCUACUCUAUCAAAAGGAAAAAGAUACGCCAAGAAACCAAACGUGGUGUCAAGACUCAUGGCUCUUGAUCUUCUUCCUGAUGACUUAGGCCUUAGUAGAUCAUCAAGGAAUCGUGUAAGAGGACAUGGACUCUUUGAGAAGGGCUAAGGGACAAGAUCAUUACCUGAGAGCCCCAUAGUCUCCUCUGCUCGGAGGUCUGAUGCCCGCCUCUCUCUUCAGCUAAACAGAGAGAGUAACCAUGAAGAGUUUGGACGUUGGAGACAAGAUGAGGAAAGUUUAAGUCCCAAACAUAAGGAUAGGGUCAUCAUUAGAAGACUUGGUAGGGAUAUAACAAACUUUGUAGAUGGAAGGGAAUGCAGAUGCGACGAUAAGCUCUGGAGCCUGGUCAGAUGUACAAACACGAGGACUAGCUUCCUCAAGAACCCCCAAGAAUCGUUACAGGACGAACCAAGUUCGAUGGUUUCGAACAUCUUCACGCGAUGA